ACAACAGUACCGCGCAUGCGCCGAGCCGUGACGUGUCGACAAAGUGUCAAACAGAAGGAUGUAAAAAAGAAAAAGACCGAAAACUCUCUAGAUAAACUUCGCAAGCUGUCCAAUAGCCGUCCGCUGCUGUAGUUUAGAUAACCGUUCCCCUGGACGCCGCUGUGGAACUAACCGCUCCUCUUCGGUUGGAAUUUAGGGGAAAUCGGUUUAACUCACUUCCGAACGGCGACAUUGACCAUCGAGCUAACUUAGUUAGCGACAGUUAAGCUAACCGCAGUCGGUAACGUCAACGCAGUCCAAACUCAUCCGUAGCAUGGCGAGCGGCUUAGCUAGCACUAACAUGUAGGCUAACCGACGCGGAGCUGGCAGUGUACACGUCGGACAAACACUCGGGCUCGUUUCCUCGUUCGUCUCUCUUUUCCUCGGCGUUCAGCGCAGUCGUUUCCAGCCGGGUAGCUGGCAGCGGGACUGGGACCAGUAAAGUCACCCAGGCCACAGGGGACAUGUCUCGGAGGCGGCUGGACAGUCGCAGCGGGCUCGCUGCGGGGCUGCUCGGGGAAAUACACACCCCCAUCAGCACGGAGCCGAUGGAAAGUGUGUACGACAUCAUCGGAGAGCUGGGGAGGGGGAAGUUUGCUGUGGUAAGGCGCUGCGUGGAGAAGGCCACGGGGAAAGUGUUCGCCGCCAAGUUCCUACGGAAGAGGAGGCGAGGCCGCGACUGCCGAGCAGAGGUCAUCCACGAGAUGGCCGUCCUGGAGACGGCCCGCAACAACACCCGCGUGGUCAACCUGCACUCGGCGUACGAGACGGAUCACGACAUCGUCUUACUGCUGGAGUAUGCUGCCGGGGGAGAGAUAUUUGACCACUGCGUUUCUGAUGAGCUGCUGCCGGAGGCGCAGAUCACCCGUCUGAUCAGGCAGACGCUGGAGGGAGUCCACCAUCUGCACCAGAGCAACCUGGUGCACUUGGACCUGAAGCCCCAGAACAUCCUGCUGACCAGCCUGUCUCCUCCGGGAGACAUCAAGAUCGUGGACUUCGGCUUGUCUCGCAGACUGGGUGCGGCCGGAGAGCUCAGAGAGAUACUUGGCACUCCGGAGUAUGUGGCUCCUGAGAUCCUGAAUUAUGAGCCAAUCACGACAGCGACAGACCUAUGGAGUGUGGGUGUCAUCGCCUACAUGCUGGUGACGGGCGAGUCUCCGUUCGCCGGGGACGACAAGCAGGAGACGUACCUCAACGUGUCCCAGGUCAACGUGGACUACAGCAGGGAGGCCUUCUCCAGGGUGUCUGAGCUGGCUGUGGACUUUGUCCGCAAGCUGCUGGUCAAAACGCCAGAGGACCGGCCCAGUGCUGCCGAGUGCAUGAGUCACCCCUGGCUGUGGCAGCUCUGUCUGAGCCCCGAGCCAGCCCCCACCACCCGCACCCUGCGCGACAGGAGCUCCGGCACAAAGUGGGCUGCCCCACCCGAGGACCCCGAAGACAAGGAGAACUUCCUGGAGUCGCCCCACUCACACGCCAAAAAGUUCCGCUUCGACGAGGAAAGGCCCGCCGCGGGAGACGGCGACUUUUGAAGUAGAGAAGAGGCAAAAGGAACAUUGGGGUGGAUGGAAGUAUGAGGUCGGGGAGCCCGCUUCUCCCCUGUCAGCUUUUAACUUAUUUUUAAAAAAAAACUCCAGAAAACCAGCCUGCACCACUCAAAACCUGUAAUAUUUCACUAAUUUACUAAAUCUAAGAUCAGCCACUCAGACCAAAGAUAACCAGCAAAAAUGUUCAGUUCAUCGCUGUCUAGAAGACUGUUCCUUCCAGAUGCGGUGUGUUUAACUUGAAGUAUUUCAUUCCUCUCAUUGUGGAAGUCCCUGGUAGUUUAGUUUAGUUCCAUUAUGUGUUGUUCCCGAACUGAUGAGAACUAAUGUAGGACAUUACUAGGGAACUCUAUGCAAUACCUCUCUUGUGCAUUUUGAAAUCGGUCUUUUUCACGUUGAAAAGCGCUCUGCCUUAAGGCCGGAAGUGGAGUGUUCAGCAGAAGUGUGUGACCGUGGGCAAUGAGGAAGUGCGACAUGUUAAAGAUAACUGGGGACUGCUUACCCUUUUGAGUCCCACUUUGUGCUCUCACUAUUCUGGUGAAGGUGCCGUCGGAGCUCGGUGCUCUUUCGCAUCCAAGCUGACGUUAAAGACAAGUAGCACAUUACUUAUUGCUCUUAAUGGAUCCAACUCAUUUGAGUAGGUCACACAUGAGCAUAGAGAGCCUCCCACUUUAACACCAGCAACAAAUCAUCUCGGCAUCUUUCUAUAGUGAGAAAGAUAAACCCCGGUGAGUGACGCAGUCGCUCACGUGCCACGCCCGCACUUACCCAAUGAUUUCCUCAGCGAGCUGCAGCUUCCUCUUUGUCAGCUGGAAGAAGAGAAGCUGCUCUCUAGCACUUACUCCAUAAGCAGAAGAUGAAGUUCUGUAUGUGUGUGUGUCCUUCUUAGAGGUUCUUUGCCCUAAAGCCAUUCAGUGUCCUUUCAGUCACAAGUAACACUGUUGUGUUGAUCUCAGGGCAUGCUGCUUGCUCUCUGCUCACUUUGUGUUCCAUUCUUAACGUUAUUCUUACUGGCUUUUUGUUGUUAUUAUUAUUUAUGUGCUGGACUUCUACUUUAUUUGUGUGUAAAUAAUCGUAUGAGUAAGUGUUGAUUGUGGUUGGAGAGGCUGAUUACGGUGUUAUUUAAAACAAGCUGUGGUCACAGUGUGAUGAAUAAUAAAUUGAAAUGUUGGACUUCAGUGGAAUGAGAAGAUGGAAGAAGGAUGAGCUAGUUGUGGUAGUGGGAAGUAAAGUCAGGAGGAAGAGGAUUAAGGACAGGAGAUUUGUCCUGGAGGAAGGGAUUGAAGGAAACGUUAGUGUUUAUGUGGGCAUGAGGGACCAGGAAGUGGGAAUGAUGGAUUCAGCGUUGUUUUAGAGUCGGAUGUGAUGGGACCACUGCAUAAUGUGAAAAUACAAGGUGCUAUCGAUUGACAGGAUCUACCAACCUUUGUUCACUUGAAUGACAGAAAAAAAUGGAUUGCUCUUAACUUCCAGUGAAACAUUCCUCUUUUUGUUCUGAGGUGUCGAGUACAGUCACACCACUUAGUGUUUUUGUGUCCUCAGCGGGUACAAUGGCCUCUGUGUGGCAGCAGGGCGCCUCCAGCCACGGCCAUGCUCUCAUCUCUAUGCUUCACCCUCAAUCUGGAGCAACACACUGUAAAAGAUCUAUUCAUCUCAGCAGGUCAUUUAAUAUCACAGAGUUCUAUUAGAAGCCACUCCAGCUUGAAUUUGGUUGGUCCGAGCAGCUGGAAAGAACAUCUGUGUGAGAAUCAGGUGAUUGUGAUGGCAACAUCUCUCUCUUGCUGCUGUAUAAGGAAGUGAGUACUUUCACAACUACUUUGUGAAACAUCAAACGGGUGUCUUGAUUUAAUCUCUUCAUACAGGAAGUUUCUCUUGUCUAAAUUUCAUGAGCUCAGUUGUACAGAAACAAGUGUUGGUUCCUCUUUCCUGUUGUGUGUCCAAACAAGUUAUGACGAGUGAGAGAAUACUGGGGGGGGGGGGUCUGCCGUGCAGUGAUGUCAGGGAUCUCACUGCAGGGUGCCGGGAAGGCACAAAGCGCCUUAUGUUUGCCCCCCCCCCAUCUCGUCACUUGAACAUGACCUAUAUGCUGUGGUGUUUGUACAGCUGUUGUACCAUGUCCAUUCCAGCUGUGUGUGUGUGUGUGUGCGCGCUCAUUGGCUUGGGUCGGACCUUUCUGCUCGACGCGGAGCAGCAGUACCAUCGUGCUCUGUGCGGAGACAAAGGAUACCGAGGGUUCGGAGCAGCCACAAGCAAAGAAGUCUCAGAUGUAUGUUUAUUUUGUGUUUUAUAUUAUUUCCUUUAUUUUAUUUGUCAGCAUUCUGAUUGCAUUUGAAAUGACUAAAACAAUACAUAAAUAAAAUACAUAAUCCUAACUGUAUUCUGAUCAAGUGCAGGCUAAUAUGUAGGCAUCAUCAGACUGAAAACCCUCAUUAAAGGUUGUAGAAAAUA